CCCAGAACUCACUCACCUCACCUCAGCCGGAGUCGUACCUUGCCCGCAUAAUCAUAGCCUCCCUCCCCUCUCUCCUCUCUCCCUUUCCUCCCUCUCGAGGCGCCUCACCUCUCACGCUCGGACACGCGAGCAGAGCCAAGAAACCUGCCGAUGCGGGGGCCAGGAGGAGGAGUCGGGCCCGGCGAGCCGCCCCCGGCCGCGGAGGAGGUGGUGGAGGAGAACUCCGGCGGGGAGGAGGAGCUCGAGCUGGGGCUCUGCCUCGGGUCCAGGAAGCUGCAGCUGCUGCAGCAGCCGGCGCCGCCGGCGCCGUGCCGUAUCCUGACGGCCAGGGACCUGCAGCCGGCGGCCGCGCUGUCGCCGGACUCCUCCGUGUCCUCCUCCUCCCCCGCCGCGGCCAAGACGGACGACGGCCCCGCGCCCGCCGCCUCGCUGGGGACCCUCGCCUCCGGCCACCCACAGAGCAGCUUUGGAGUGGUGGGAUGGCCACCGAUAAGAACAUUCAGGAUGAACAGCCUGUUCGGCCAGGCGAAAGACAAUGCCUCCGACGCCGAAACCAAGAAGGCUGCCGCCGAUGGCUCCGGCUCGCGGAAAGACAAGGAGGAGGCCGAGAAGAAGGGCCGGGUGCCCGGGUGGGUGAAGGUGAACAUGGAUGGGGAGGUCAUUGGGAGGAAGGUGGACCUCAAUGCCCAUCGCUCCUACAAGACCCUUGCCUUGGCCCUUGAGAUCAUGUUCACCAAGCCGUCCGCCGGCCUUUGCGCUUCUAAUAGCACGAAGUCACUGAAGCUGUUAGACAGCUCUUGUGAAUACCAGAUGACAUACGAAGACAGGGACGGUGACUGGAUGCUUGUUGGAGACGUCCCUUGGGAAAUGUUUGUUGGCUCCGUGAAGAGGCUGAGGAUCAUGAGGACGUCGGACGCCAGUGGCCUCGGGCCGCGAUUUCAAGCCAACCACAGAACCGCGGCCUCGACAAGAGGGAGAACAUGAGGGCAGCACUCAAGUGAAGAGCCAUAUAUCGUCAUCCCUGAUGAAGCUUCGAGCGCGGCCAACGCCAACCACGUCUGAGCGAGCGAGCAGCCUGACGGCGCCUCUGGCGCAGCCGUUGUGAUUACCUGUGUGCCUAGUUGAGAUAGCAGGAGCUAAGAUGUGCUCCUGCCUGAUGGUGACUUCUUCUGAGCCAGUAGUAUCUAUUCUUUUCCUGCCCCCUUCAGUCCUGUCUACACUUGGUGAAGUGCUGCUGAUCAUUGCCAGCAUAUGUGCUCCUUUUUCGUCAUAUAUGUGUUUCUGGCGUGCU